UGUAAAUUACUUUUGGGAAUAAUAGAUGUACCAGACUUAUUUUAUAGAAACACCAAUUCCUAACGGAAUUUGACGUUCUUGGGCUCGUUUUGAAGCUAAUAGAGAUGUUAAUAAAUUUACCGAUUCACAAAUUCAAAAUAUUGGCCUAAAGACCGGUCAUAAACCGGUUAAAACCGAUGCAGACCGAAACCGGCAGACCGGUUACGGUUACGGUUAAUGCCCCUGGGCAUCAAAAAACCGGACCAAACUGGACUUUCAAACACUAUCUCUGUCCAAGCAAUUUAAAUUGGGCUGACCAGGAAACAAAAGAGAAACUUCGAAGUGGAGAACUGGUCAUUAGCGGUGACCAGUGGCCUAUCUUUCUCUACGCUGGCUAUACAUAUGACCCAGAAGACCCAUGGAAUGGCCUUCUUUGCAGCAUUAUCUUGGUUUGUGCUUUUAAGCACGUCUUCACAUUGCCAAGUUCUGUUGACAAGGAGCCUAAGGCCACUAGAUCAGGAAAUGCAAGGCUCCACGGGAUGACAUGUGUUAUGGCUGGAUCUAUUGCAUACAUUGCUACUCAGGUUCGGUUUUCCCUCAGUUCCUUGCCGAUAUUUUCCUGCAUGGAUACUGUUACCGACUCUGAGAAGUUUUACACCUCUAUCCUCAACCUACUUGAAGACCCCCAUGAAACUCAAGAGGUCCAUGACCUUUAUGUCUGGUGGAACCGACAAGUCUUUCCAACAUAUUCAUCUGCAAAGUGUAUGGUUACAAAAGGAUCCCCACUGGACAAGAUCCAUGAACGACGCCGCUGCUCUGGCUGCCGAGAUUUCCACUACUUAGCAGGUUGUCUUUCGGGUUUUCCAUGGUCAUAUCCAUGA